UUAUUUCCCGUUGUAAGGAAAUUUAUAAAUGGUCAGUUGAUAGAUAACUUGGUCAGUGUAUUGGUUCGUUGAGAGUAAGCUGAUGUGUGAUGAUUUUCUUUUAAGGACCAAUAUGUUUAGAAGAACUUACUACGACCGCGACCCCUACAGAUCGAACUACACACGUCGUUCAUAUGAUGAUAGCGAUAUUCGCCCAUAUAGCAGCUAUGGGAACAGAUACCGCGACAGUACAUUUAAUCCCCUCUAUUAUGGAUAUAGCCGCAGACCUGAUUAUUCAUAUCCAUGGGAAAGGGAUCAUGAAUGGAGAACAAGACGCGAGGAAAACAGAAAUGAAAGCCGAGAAGUUACGAGAGACGAAAGAGACGAGGAACUUAGAGAACCUGAAAAAGAUGAAGAAGUCAACAAGAAAUUUCACGUGAACAAGGUUGAUUUGAAUAUCAAAAGUAACACGGAAGAUCACCACACAGAUAAAUACAUGUGCACAAAGAGGAAGAAGGAUCCAGACCUUGUAAUUCGGAGAGGACAAUCCUUUAAAAUGACCAUUACUUUUGACAGGCCAUAUAAUAACGACCAAAAUGAAAUUCUGUUCACCUUCAAAACAGGUAAAUCACCAAGACCUUCAAACAAAACACAAGCCCAGAUUAUCAUGCAUGAAAACACAAGUAGUAGAGGCGAAGAUAAAAAAGAAUGGUUCGCCAAAUUAUUGAAUAAGAAAGAAAACAGUAUCGAAGUAGAGAUUACACCGCCAUGUACCUGUGUCAUUGGAGAGUGGAGGUUUACAAUACAGACAGAAUCUAAAAUAAAAGAAGACGGAGACAAGUUAAUACUUACGUAUAAACACAACGAGGAUGUUAUUAUUCUUCUCAACCCUUGGUGCCCAGAUGAUCUAGUUUACAUGGGAACAGAGGAACUAUUGAACGAGUACAUACUUAAUGAGUCUGGUGCCAUAUGGAGUGGUAAUUACAGACAGAUGGGAGUCAAACCAUGGAAUUUUGGACAGUUCCGCGAUGGUAUACUUGACACAUGCUUACAUCUUAUUAGGAAGGCCUACAACAACACAGUCGAUCCUGCGAUGUCCGACCCUAUUAAACUCGCUCGUGCAAUAUCAAAAAUGGUGAAUGCUCCAGAUGACAAUGGUGUUCUGAUUGGGAAUUGGAGUGGUGAUUACAGUGGCGGGACUCCACCAAUGAAAUGGGUUGGAAGUGUGGCAAUAUUGGAGGAAUAUGCCAAGAACCAGGGUACACCAGUUAAGUUCGGACAAUGUUGGGUAUUUUCAGGACUGACUACUACAGUGUGCAGAGCCAUUGGAUUGCCAGCACGAAGCGUAACAAAUUUUGCCUCAGCUCACGAUACGGAUGGAUCAACGUGUAUUGAUAAAGCUUUCGUAAGGAAAGGCGAGGAUUUAGAAAAGGUUGACAUUGCGGGUUCAAGUGAUUCCAUAUGGAAUUUCCACGUAUGGAAUGAAGCAUGGAUAUCAAGACCUGAUCUUGGUAAAGGUUAUGAUGGUUGGCAGGUUAUUGAUGCAACACCACAAGAAUUAAGUUCAGGUGUUUACCAGUGUGGACCAGCACCUGUUACUGCUAUAAAGAAAGGAGAAAUUGGACGACCAUUUGAUGCUCCUUUUAUAUUUGCCGAAGUAAAUGCAGAUAUUGUUCAUUGGGAAAUACUUCCUAAUGAUUCAUGGGUUAUCAUUAAAAUUGACAGUAACGAUGUUGGUAAAAAAAUAAGUACAAAGAAACCAGACGGAAAACCAUAUAACGGAGAAGCAUCUAUAUGGAGAGGGUACGGAGAAAAAUAUCGACUAGAUGUAACAAGUGAAUACAAGUAUCCCGAGGGUAGUUUAGAGGAACGGCUUGCAGUUCAGAAUGCCGACAAUGAGGCGAAAGGUGGACGUGAUGUAUUUGCUACAGGUGACAAAAUGGAUAUAUCGGUGGAGAUUGAAGAAAAAGAUGGUAUUUUAGUGGGCAAUGACUUCGAAGUAGAACUCAAACUAAAAAAUAUCAAAAAGAAAAAGGCACUGAGAACUGUAAAGCAUUUACAAGUAGUUGUGGAUAGCGUAAAAUAUACUGGAGAUGGGAGACGUAAUGUUAUAAAAAAAAGUUUUGAUGAUAUUCGUCUAGAUUUUGAUGAAGAGAAAACAGUCAAAUUUACAGUAAAGACAGAUGAAUAUCUGGACAAAAUGUAUGAAUUGUUUGGAAUGGAAAUAAUGGCAUAUGCUCAUAUCAAGGAGACUGAAAAUUGUUACGUCAAGACAGAUGAUUUCCGUUUGAGACGUCCAGAUAUUACUAUAGAGGUUCCAUCAAAGGUCAAAGUUGGAAAUCCUUUCAAAGUGAAACUGACAUUUAAGAAUCCUUUACCAAAACCUCUAACUAAAUGUUCCUACCUCAUCGAAGGAAAUGGAAUUGAAAAUAAAUCAAACCCAGCAAGUGAUGUUCCUGCUAAGUCAGAAUGGAGUACUAUGGAAGAACUUGUAGCUGAAACAGAGGGUGAAAUUCAAAUCAACUGUAGUUUUGAUUGUGAAGAAUUGAGGGACAUUAUUGGGAUGGUAUCUGUAAAAUCAGAAUUGUUUGUGUUCCGUUUCUUGUUUGCGUCUAACCACAACGGAACAAACAAUUAUUGUUUACACUAUAUAAUUUUUAUGUUACAACAGUUUAAUCACGUUAUACUACGUUGCGUAAGCAAGUAUGUUGGUAGGACGAACAUCCAGGCUGUCUGUAAAUACAAGUAUUGUGUAGCCAACUUCUGCGAGGGUAAUCCACUGUGGGGUAGCCGCUAUACGAUGUUCGGUUUCUUCCGAAAUUUAUUUUACGGCCCAGAACGAGGCGAAGAUUAUCGCUUUCCUUGGGAGAGAGAUGAAGAUCUGGACAGAGGAAGGGAAGAAAGAUUGGCUAGAAGAAGAAGGAGAUUUGAAGAAGAAGAUGCUUUUAAUGAAAGACGAAGACGAGAAGACAUCGUAUCUAAUGAUUCAGAUGAAAGAGUUAAUACGAAGUUUCACGUAAGAAAUGUUAAUCUGAAUAUACGGAAAAACACGAAAGAACAUCACACAGAUAUGUUUAUGUGUACCAAGAGAGAAAAGAAUGUGGAGCUGGUUGUAAGAAGAGGACAGCCUUUCAUAAUGACGAUAACUUUUGACAGACCAUAUAAAAAUGAGGAAAAUGAAAUAUUUUUCCAUUUUAAAACAGGUAAACGUCCAAUGACAUCCAAAAGUACUGCCAUUAAACUAGACAUGAGUGAAGACUCCACAAGUACUAGUGAUCCUGAUAAGUGGUUUGCAAAGAUGGUUUAUAAGACUGAUACUUCAAUUGAUGUAGAAAUAAAGCCUCCGUGUAACUGUAUCAUCGGCGAAUGGCGAUUCACAAUACAGACAGAAUCUAAACUUAAGGAAGAGGACGAGCCAAUAUCACUUAUGUAUGAACAUAACGAGGAUGUGAUUGUCAUCUUAAACCCUUGGUGUAAAGAUGAUCAGGUGUACAUGGAAAGAGAAUCAUUACUAGAUGAAUAUAUAUUAAAUGAAUCUGGUGCAAUAUUUGUUGGUAAUUAUUAUCAGCGGGCAAUCAAACCAUGGAACUUUGGACAGUUUCACGAUGACAUUUUAAGUAUAUGCCUACAUCUGAUCAGGAAAGGGUUCAAUAAUAUGAUAGAUCCAGGAAUGGGAGAUGUUAUAAAACUAUCUCGAGUUAUAUCCAAAAUGGUAAAUGCCCAAGAUGACAAUGGUAUUGUAUCUGGUAACUGGAGCGGUGAUUACACUGGUGGAACUUCUCCUACAAAAUGGGUUGGAAGUGUUGCCAUGUUGAAAGAGUAUGAAGAUAAUAAUGGAACCCCAGUUAAGUUUGGACAGUGUUGGGUAUUUUCAGGAAUAACUACUACAGUUUGCCGAGCUAUUGGACUGCCUGCGAGAAGUUUGUCUAAUUUCUCAUCAGCGCAUGAUACAGACGGAACCACGACCAUUGACAAAGUAUUUGUUAAAGAUGGAAAUGAAUUAGUCGAGAAGAAAAUGCCAGACUCAAUUUGGAAUUUUCACGUUUGGAAUGAAGUAUGGUUGUCAAGACCUGACCUCGGGAAAGGUUACGAUGGCUGGCAAGUUAUCGAUGCAACCCCACAGGAAACUAGUGAAGGCAUAUAUUGUUGUGGUCCGGCACCUGUCAUUGCAAUAAAACACGGAGAUAUAUCAAAAGUAAAAUACGAUGCCCCGUUCAUAUUUGCCGAGGUAAACGCAGACAUUGUUAGCUGGGAGGUGCAUGGUCCGCCGGUAAAUGACUGGACAGUUUUAAAAGCAGAAACUAAUGAAGUUGGUAGAUAUAUUAGUACAAAGAAGCCGGACGGAAAACCAUACAAUGGAAAUGUGUCAAUUUGGCGAGAUGAUGAAGAUUAUCGACUUGACCUUACUAGUGAAUAUAAAUUUCCUGAAGGUUCUUUAGAGGAACGUUUGGCAGUGGAAAAAGCCGACAGAGCCGCCAAACUCGGAAGGGAUGUGUUUAAAGUUUCCGAGUCAUAUGAUGUUUCAAUGACGAUUGCAAAUAAAGAUGGGUUUUUGGUUGGCAAUGAUUUUGAAGUCGAAGUUCAGUUGAAGAAUGUCAAAUCGGAGAGGGGUCGACGAACUAUUGGACAUUUACAAGUUAUUGUUGAUUCUUUGAAAUACACCGGUCAAAGCCGACAGAAUAUUGUCAAGAAAACAUUUGAGAACAUCAAAUUAGAUUUCAGUGAAGAGAGGAAAGUGACGUUUACGGUAAAAACGGAUGAAUAUUGGGACAAAAUGUAUGAACUCUUUGGUAUGGAAAUAACAGCAUUUGCAUAUGUUAAAGAGACUGGCAACUAUUAUUUGAAAAAGGAUGACUUCCGGUUAAGACGUCCAGACAUUGUAGUAGAGGCUCCAAGGGUUGUUCAGGUGAAAGAUCCCUUUGAAUUGAAACUUUCGUUCAAAAAUACAUUACCAGUACCGCUUACAAACUGUUCUCUGCUGAUUGAAGGAAACGGAAUUAAACAUAAAAAGACCGAGGAGAGUGAUGUACCCCCAAAAUCCGAAUGGAGUACUGCAGAGACGUUGGAAGCAGAAACAAGUGGUGAACUUCAGAUCAACGCUAGUUUUGAUUGUGAUGAACUGAGAGAUAUUGUUGGUUUAGUCGUCGUAAAUGCUAAAGAUUAAAAAACACUGUUAUCCAUAUAAGAAUAUUUGUCAAAGUACAGACUGACUUUAUUUUGAUAUGUAAUAUUACACCAAUAUAAUUUAUCAUUGCAUUUAUAUAUUUAUAUUAAUAAUGUAGGUCUAAAUUUAUUUAUUGAAGUGCAGUUUUACAUUAUAUGUUUACCGAAGGUAAUUUUUCGUGUUAUUUAGAUAUAUCUUUAAGUAUAGACUUACUAUUAAAAUAUUGAAAGCGUAACGCUCAUUGUUAAUGAAUAAAAACAUAAUUUAAUUAAAUGCAACAUGCUAUUUCUUGUAUGAUGCCUCAACACAUACUAUAACUUGACUGUGUGUUAUCUGAUUUUAACAAAGAAAAAAGCAGAAGAAAAAAUAUGAACCCGAUAUGUGUGUCACUAGUAGAACAGAAACUGCAAUUUAUUAAAUUUCCAUUGUGGUAGCACUUUAAUUGGUCUUAAGUGUUUGGUAGGUUCGUGUUACUCAAUAACUCAACUAUCAGAUUUCUGUAUGUUGUUUUGUGACCUUUUGUUAUCUUUGUCUUUUUUUAAUUGAAUAUAUAUAGCAAUUAAUAUUAUACCGUCAUAUUUCAGCACAUGUACGUAUUUAUUGAAUUUGACUUCUUA